UCUGUUCAUUGUUCAGUUUCCUGCUGAGAAGUGGGGGUGUGUUCACUUCAGUCCUGACGUCAUGGUGAAGCCCAUUGGUGGGCAGUUUCAGCCAAUCACAUGCUUCCUGGUAUCCAAGUAAGAAAGAUGUAUAGUUCUGGAAUAACAGGAAGCUUCACGUUUUUAGCAUCCUGUUGUUCUGGGUUUUGUGACUUGCUGCCUCGCCACAAUGAAGACAUUUGAUGCAAAUGAUUUGUAUCAGGGGCAGAAUUUUAACAAGGUCCUCAGUUCCUUAGUGACUCUAAAUAAAGUAACAGCAGACAUUGGACUGGGAAGUGACUCCGUGUGUGCUCGGCCUUCAUCUCAUCGAAUAAAGUCUUUUGAUUCCCUUGGAUCCCAGUCUUCACACAGUCGGACUUCAAAACUGUUCCAGGGCCAGUAUCGAAGUUUGGACAUGACCGAUAACAGCAACAAUCAACUCGUAGUAAGAGCCAAGUUCAGUUUCCAGCAGACCAAUGAGGAUGAGCUCUCCUUUGCGAAAGGCGACAUCAUCCACGUCACCCGUGUGGAGGAAGGAGGCUGGUGGGAGGGCACGCACAAUGGCAGGACGGGCUGGUUCCCCAGCAACUACGUGCGCGAGAUCAAGCCAAGCGAAAAGCCUGUGUCUCCCAAAUCAGGAACAUUGAAGAGUCCUCCCAAAGGAUUUGAUACGACUGCCAUUAACAAAAGUUACUAUAAUGUGGUGCUACAGAAUAUUUUAGAAACAGAAAAUGAAUAUUCUAAAGAACUUCAGACUGUGCUUUCAACCUAUCUACGGCCUUUGCAGACCAGUGAGAAGUUAAGUUCAGCAAAUACGUCAUAUUUAAUGGGAAACCUAGAGGAAAUAUGUUCUUUCCAGCAAAUGCUUGUUCAGUCUUUAGAAGAAUGCACCAAGUUGCCUGAAGCUCAGCAGAGAGUUGGAGGCUGCUUUUUGAAUCUAAUGCCACAGAUGAAAACCUUGUACCUCGCAUAUUGUGCCAAUCACCCAUCUGCAGUGAACGUCCUCACAGAACACAGUGAGGAGUUGGGGGAGUUCAUGGAGAUGAAAGGAGCCAGCAGCCCAGGGAUCCUCGUGCUGACCACGGGCCUCAGCAAGCCAUUCAUGCGCCUGGACAAGUACCCCACGCUGCUCAAGGAGCUGGAGAGACACAUGGAGGAUUAUCAUCCCGAUAGACAAGAUAUUCAAAAAUCUAUGACUGCCUUCAAAAACCUUUCAGCCCAGUGUCAGGAAGUACGGAAGAGGAAAGAGCUUGAGCUGCAGAUCCUGACAGAAGCCAUCCGGAGCUGGGAGGGGGAUGACAUUAAGACUCUGGGCAGCGUCAUCUACAUGUCCCAGGUCCUCAUUCAGUGUGCAGGAAGCGAGGAAAAGAACGAAAGAUACCUUCUACUCUUCCCAAAUAUUUUGCUAAUGUUGUCUGCCAGUCCUAGGAUGAGUGGUUUUAUCUAUCAGGGAAAGCUACCAACGACAGGAAUGACAAUCACAAAGCUUGAGGACAGUGAAAAUCAUAGAAAUGCUUUUGAGAUAUCAGGGAGCAUGAUCGAGCGAAUAUUUGUGUCGUGCAGCAACCAGCAUGAUCUGCAUGAAUGGGUGGAUCGUCUUCAGAAGCAAACAAAAGUCACCCCUGUGGGAAACCCCCCCAUGAAGCCUCAUUCUGUGCCAUCUCACACCCUCCCCUCCCACCCGAUCACGCCAUCCAGCAAGCACGCCGACAGCAAGCCCGUGCCGCUGGCGCCCGCCUACCACACGCUCCCCCAUCCCUCCCACCAUGGCACCCCGCACACCACCAUCAACUGGGGACCCUUGGAGCCUCCGAAAACCCCCAAGCCCUGGAGCCUGAGCUGCCUGCGGCCUGCACCUCCCCUCCGGCCAUCCGCUGCUCUCUGCUACAAGGAGGAUCUCAGUAAGAGUCCCAAGACCAUGAAAAAGCUACUCCCUAAGCGCAAACCUGAAAGGAAGCCUUCAGAUGAAGAGUUCGCAUUGAGGAAAAGCACGGCUGCGUUGGAAGAAGAUGCUCAAAUUCUGAAAGUCAUUGAAGCUUACUGCACAAGCGCCAAAACUCGGCAAACGCUGAAUUCGACAUGGCAAGGCACUGACCUGAUGCAUAAUCACGUCCUGGCUGAUGAUGACCAACCAAGUCUAGACUCCUUGGGUCGUCGCAGUAGCCUUUCCCGCUUGGAGCCUUCAGACCUCUCAGAAGACUCUGACUAUGACAGUGUAUGGACAGCCCCUAGUUACAGGAUGGGCUCUGCAUCUCGUAAGAGCUGUUGCUCAUCUAUCUCUCACCAGAACUAACGCACCUCUGAGCUUUCCUUAACAAACGCGUGUUGUAUCGCAGCCUGCUUUUCUUAGAUGUUUUCUUGCUGUUCCUUGUCUCUUUUAUGUGAUAUUUUAACAACUUUUGAGAGUGUUCCUAAUAUUUCCCAUUGUACUUUGUGGAGGCUUAAUUGCCAAUUCGAGUAUACAUUCGAUGACUGACUAUUGCAGGGAGAUGGUGUAUUCACAUGAGCCUAUACCUGAGGGUGCUCCUCUUAAUGGAUAGUCAUUGUUUUAUAGCUCCAAAUGGUUUGUUUUUUUUAUUCUCGGUGUAGCAACUGUUUCAUUUCUUUUUGGAUACAGCUGUAUGAACACUUUUAUAUUUUAUACUGAAACCACACAGGUUUGUGAUAUAAGUGCCAGCAACACGGAGGAGACUCUGGCCUUAUAUAGAGAGACCUAAAUUUUUUAUGUAUAGUGACACAUUGAUCGAGUAGUUUUGGAGGGGGGACAAGAAGAAGGUGCAGCAGCAGUACUGUGAGUCUGGUUCUGACGGUCGGAUCCUGGUCAUCAUGCAGAACUAUGGCAGGUGCGCACCGCGGAGGGUGGGUGUCACGUGCUUUCAGAGUCUGUCUUCACCCCACGGCUCUGCAUUCUUCUCUGUGCUGCAGCCUGGCUGUGAGGGUGGGGGCUCUCCUUUCCGAGGGCAGAGUACAGUGUCAAAGCUCAGACAUUUGCUCUCGUCACACCAAACUGUCUGAAUCGCAGGGAUUCUGUUAUAUGGCACUUAGCCAGCUGCACCACUCUAUCCUAAAACCUCUGUGCUAAAGGCUUAAAGUCCAAACCUGAAGCAUUCAGUCUCUGUGAGUGUGGGCUAGCCUGCGUUCAGAGAGGCAUUUGGUACACUUAAAAAACCAAGUGCUCCAGCCUCUGCCCCAGCCUGGCUGCACCCCUGACGUCACCCUUACACUGUCUUAAGAGCCGUGGACACGUCAACUCAGCAGGCAGGUGAACCCCAUACAUAGUCCUAAUGCUUUGUUGUAAUGGGGUGUCAGAGUCCACCAAUGACUUCCCAGGUUGCCACGUAACUCACUUUUUAAAAAGCCUCCCCACUUUCUUGGGAUUUGUUGUAAGGAAUUUUCACUGGCCUCAUUUGGACUAGUUUCUGCUUCAGAAAGAACUGAAUGUCAUGUGUCAUUCUUCACAUCUGUCCGCAUCUGGUCAUUGCUUGAGGGGCAGAAUUGUGUCCUCUCCCACGCAUACUCUAUUGGUGUUAAAAUGGCAUCUUACCGGUUGUGUUUUAAGUAUUUAUUGAAACCAGCUUCAGAAAACAAGAUGCCAUAUAAAUGGAAAUAACAUUUUUUCCUUUCUUCAGGGUGGCUGUAAUUACAGGUGGCCGUGAUUUCUCUAUCCCACCACCCCAUCCUUCACCAUACCUGUGUUCAGUGUUGUGAUAUUGUUUGUGCAGAGUAAACUCUGUGCAAUAUCAGUCCUAUCCUGGGAACUGGGUCCUGCUCUCACAAGCCUGGAGGUGCCAGUGAGCUCCUGGCAGCAGCCCAUGGUCUAGAGAGUCGGGCCGCUUCAUUCUGUACGGGGAAGGUGACAGCACAGAAGUCGUGAGGGCAGCUCUUGCAAGUGGCUACUGGACUGCUUAUGUCAUCUGGGGACUUUGUAUUUCUAUAUCAGUUAGUAUAAAUAAGGAUGUCAAGGUGCAGUCUUUAAAAUUUGUCAGAAUUCAGUAUUAAUCUCCAGCACAGUCGGGGUGUGUUCAGCCAAAUAGCAAAUGGAAUUUUGGGGGAAGUGUGGUAACUAUGAAGUUUACAUAUUUACUGAAAAAUAUCAUACAAUGGAUUUAGAAGUACUUUUGUUUUUAUAUUACAUAGAAUAUUCAUCUCUUCUGAUAUUAAUAGUAGAGUAUCUUUUUGUCUGCUUUGAGACUGUAAUGACUAGUGCAUUGGUUGAGAUGCCUUUGCCAUGCCUUAGUAAGCUUUGUUUGCCUCUAUCCUGUGCUACGUAUUACAACAUUGAAAUGCAGUUGCUGCACUUGGAUUUUUCUUUAAUAUCAAAGAUCAUUUGGUUGUCUUAAUGAGACAUUUUCAUUGAUAUUCUACACACCAAAGUUUUGACAAUUUACAAUCAUUCCUUUCUGUACUAGUUAAAGCCAUUUUGAUGAUGAUUUUUUUGAUGCUGAGAUCACAGCACAAUAAUAACCUGACUUUUUCUUUGUUUGCAUUUGUUUUGAAUGUUUGUCACCGUCAGCUUUUGGGAUCUGGUUAGAAGUAUUAGUGCCACAGGCCCAAAACGACAGUUCUCCUGUGGCAGUGGUGAUAUGGCAUCCAGAGGGCCAGUGUUUCUGCCUUUGUGGAGCUUGAGUCAUGCUGAUAGUAGUACCUUAUGUUUACGCAAUUCUGUGAUAUCUAUGUGCACAGUUAGUGUUAUAAUGAUAGGAUGAAUCUGAACUAGAAGGAAGGGUCAAGCCAUCAUCAGAACUUUCGCAAAUGGCCUAAAUAGUGUUCCCAUUGAACUAACACUUGCCACAAGUAUAUAAUAAGCUAUAUUAAUUGUGUUUUGAAUAAAAUUGUCAAAACACGGUAAUGUGUAUAUAGUGGUAUAAGAUCUUGAAAAAAUCUAUAUAUUGUGCUCUUUAUCUGUGAAUGGGAAAAGCCAUUUUUAGUAGGUGGCUGCAUUUGAAAACUCGCUUGGAUGUAUAUCUGAAUGUUGCAUUGUAUUGUACAGCGUGCGUAUUACUGUUUGUGGUUGCAUAUGGCAAUGAAGUGUUGUUUUAUAAAACAAAAAAUCUGUUAUGUACAGUUGAAAUAAAUUUUGCAUUUGCUA